AUGCCACCUAUAUGGUCUGUUCUGUAAAAUAAUGUGGUAAUCGUGUUGUCAGGAUGGCAAGAAAAUAGAUCUACUCUAUACCAAAUGAGUUGUUGUAAGAAGAGAAUGCAUAUCAACAUUUAAGAUAAUUCCUCAGGCCAGCUUAUCUUAUCCACAAAUCACAGUUGUAGAUCAACUUUAAACACAGUUUAUUGUUGUUUUUUUGUUGUUGUUGUUGGGUUUAGAGUCACACUGACACAAUUUAGGUCAUAUGGUAACUUUUCCAUCUUUUGAUGGAGGAGGAAGACCCCAGGUAUCCCUCAGGGCAAUACAUGUCAUAACUAGAACUGUCACAGGAGUGACGAAUAAUUCUUUAAAUCUUUCAAGCCUUUUACGAGUUAUUGUCCGCAAACCACGACUUUGGCAAAUUUUAAAUUGGAAUGGUGUCAUUACUACGUCAAACAUGAGGGUCAUGAUGACCCUAUAUCGCUCACUUGUUUAACAUGGCCUUGGAAUCAUCAAGACAAACAUUCUGACCAAGUUUCAAGAAGACAGGUCAUAAAUGUGGCCUCUACAGUGUUAACAAGCUUUUCCUUUGAUUCAAGUGGUGACCUAGUUUUUGACCCCACAUGACCCAGUUUCGAACUUGGCCUAGGAAUCAUCAAGAUAUACAUCCUUAAUAAGUUUUAUGAAGAUAGGGUCAUGCAUAUGGCCUCUAGUGUUAACAAGCUUUUCCUUUGAUAUGAGGGGGUGACCUAGUUUUUUGACCCCACAUGACCCAGUUUCAAAUUUAGCCUAGGAAAUCAUCAAGAUAAACAUUCUGACCAAGUUUCAUGACGACAGGGUCAUACAUGUGGCCUCAAGAGUGUUAACAAGCUUUUUCUUUGAUUUGACCGGGUGACCUAGUUUUUGACCCCACAUGACCCAGUUCCGAACCUGACCUAGAGAUCAUCAAUAUAAACAUUCUGUGCAAGUUUGUAUCAAAUCAAAGCAUAAAUGAAACCUCUAUAUGGCUGAAAGGGCCAAAAUAGAAAAAUUUGCCCCUUUCAGGAGCAGUAACUCUAGAACCCAUGAUGGAAUCUAGCCGGUGUUCGAAAGGAACUGAGAUCUUACUGUGACUUAAGUUGUGUGUAAGUAUGGUCAAAAUUAAAUAUAUAAAAUGUCACUUCUAUCAUGUUAACAAGGUAAAAAUUAACAAAUUUUUGGCCCUUUCAGGGUUCAAUCAGGGGCUGUAACUCUGGAACCUAUGAUUGGAUCUGACGGAUUCAUCAUGGAAUCCAAGAUCUAUUGUUGUUAAAGAUAUUUUGCAAGUUUGUAUCAAAGCAAACCGUAAAUGAAGUCUCUAUAUGGCUGCAAAAGCCAAAAUAGCAAAAAAGCCAGUUUUUGUAAGGAACAGAGAUAUUAUGCCAAUACAAGUUGUGUGCAAGUUUGAUUAAAAUCAAUUGCAAAAUGUGGUCUCUAUUGUGUUAACAAGAAACUGUGGACAGACAACAGAUGACAAAAGCUCAUCUUGUCACUAUGUGACAGGUGAGCUAAAAAUGUACAGGGAAACAUUUUAAGCAGGCAGUGGAAAAUCAGGUCCUGGAAAGAUUUAUUCAUGUUGGAAGAGUAUGAAAAGGCAAUUAGUAAAGAUUCAGAAGGCAAUGUAUGGUUUGGUGGUUUUAGAGAAAGCUGUUGAUGUAUAGGGAAACUAAAAGUAAACAUACAAAUAGAAUAUUACUAAUGGGAAAGACAUUUCAUAUAAAUCACUAUAUUGAAUCAUUAAUGUAAGAGACUGAAUGCAAACGGUCAUCAUAAUUAUACAAUACAAUGAUAUCAGAGUUACUUCCCUUGAAAAAUAAGCUUCUGAAACCAAGAGGAAGUUAUAUUGUUUGGAAAAUAUAUAACUUCCCUUGAAAAAUAAGUUUUUGAAACCAACAUAGGAAGUUAUAUUGUUUGGAAAAAAUAUAAUCACCAACUACGUAGACAUUUAAAUUUUAGUUCUCUGUAAAUUUACCAGGAUGUUUCAUACACCAGAUUACUAUCACAGUAUAUCCAAGAGAUUGUCUGAGGUCCUGGACGAUAUUGGAGUAAAUGAAAAUAUUGUGAUGAAGAGGAGGAGGGCAGCUUUACUGACAGAAACUAUGGACACAAUCACAUACAGAGCAAAUGGUGAACAACUUACUGUUUAUAAUUUAGGCAGUCUAUCAGAGGGCACCACAACACUAGGACUGAAAUCAGAUCUUGACAUACUUGGCUGUGUAGAUAAUAGCAUUGUGAUACAGGACUGGUCUGAAUGGACUCCAGGUAAACCUAUCUACCUGAUGAUUCAGAAUGAAAAAACACCACCUGGUUAUUGUCUUCUACAGGUACUUAGGCCUGGUGCUCCACUUCCUGUUACAGUUGAAACGGGUAAUGACUUCGUAAAUGAUACACAAGGAAGGAUCUUGAUGAAGAACACAGUAAUAAAAAUUACAAUGCUAGGACGCCAGCGACAAGGACCAUCAGCAGCAUCACCUGCACAACCAGGUUUUCGUGCACUUGACCUUGUAGUUGCAUAUCCUUGUAAAUCAUGGCCCCAGUCAGCAAGAGCUUGGCUGCACCAACAAGAAGUAAAUACAUGGCCUACAGCAGAAAUGAAGAGAUAUGCAAAAUCAACAAAGUGUUUUGUUGUUGGUGUUGGCAGCAGAGCAAGUGAAAAUGCAGCCUUUCAAUGGAGAAUUUCUACAUCAUUAGCAGAACGCUGCUUGAUGUUCAAUUUGAAUAUUACUCAGAUAAAAUGUUACAUCUUAAUGAAAAUGAUUCUUAAAACAUACAUUAAUGUUGAAAAUCUUGACCAUGAAAGUUACAUUUCAAGUUUCAUGUGUAAAACUGUUUUAUUUCACUGUAUAGCAAGUAAUCCUUCAUGUGUAUGGAAGGAGUGUAAUAUAUUAAACUGUUUAAAUUACUGUCUAUUUACACUGAACAAUUGUUUAUUGAAUGAACAUUGUCCCCAUUUCAUUGAUCAUGAAAACAAUUUAAUGGCAGGAAAAUUUUCUACUGAAGUAAAACAGCAGUUACUUGAAAGACUGUCAACUUUGAUACCAUUUGAUGGCAUUUCUCUUUUUGGAAUUCAGAUUGACAAGCUUGGUGAAAGACUUCAGAUUAAGCUCAAUAUGAUAAAUGAAGUACAUCAUGAUAUACCACUGCCAGAUGAGUGCACAAUGGAUGUAACAAGUAGUUUAUUACACAAUAUAGCUAAAACUGUUUUAAACAUAGAGAAGAUAGGAGAUGGAAGUUUAGAAACACUAUUACAGAAAGUGAUACAACUAAAAAGAUACUACAGAGCUGGUGACAUGUUAGAAAAGACAGCAUGCAGACUUCUAGUACCUCCACUUUGUACAUCAAUAGGAUCUCUGAUAGCAUCACAGAACAUUCAAAUUAACAACACAGUUUCUCCUCAAGCAAUUACAUGGAUUGCAGCUGGACUGGACUCAGAUGUUGCUUCAAGCAGACUAAAACUUGCAUCUAUAAUGUACUGUGUAGGCAAUGCAGAAAGAGCUGCUUUAAUUCUUUCUCAUAUAGAAGAACAAUAUGAAAUAGAAGUUACUGCGCCUAUAUGUUGCUGCUACAACGUCAUGUUUUACUUAAAGAGAGGAUUUGCUCGACUUUCUAGUCAAUAUGGUGUAGAGGCUUUAAAAUAUAUUGUUGCAUUUUGUGUAAAAUUUUUCACCUGGGAAAUAAACUGUGUACCACAUGAACUUCAGUAUGAAAUGUUUAGGUCAACACAAGAGGACCUGCUACAUAGAGGUGAAGAUGAUGACUGGAUGGACUGUGCUGUAGUAGACUCACUUCCAUACCUUUAUUUUCUACAAUACAAGACAAACAGUCUCCUACAGAGACCCGAUGAACAGCAACAAGCACUGACCAAACUUGGGUGGGUCAUUAGAACAGAGCGCAACCUUGGACACAGAGAAACAGCACUGAAUUUACUAGGACAGUGCAUGGAACAGGAGAACAGACCUGCUGAUGCUCUACAAUGUUACAUGUCAUCUUUACACCUCAGAGAAAGAAACAAUGCUGCUAGAUUUCAUAUAUGCAGGUGUUUGGCUAAUACAAACUCAUAAAGAUCUACCUACCUGAACUGACAGGCAUGUCUGAUUUUCAACUGAUACAAUGACAGAAAUACUUCACAUUUUAAAAAGCUAUUAUUCUUAUUAUGAGCCAGUGAGCUUGUUAUGAGCCAAGGACCACAUUGGAAAUAAGUUGAAAAACUUUAUGGGUUAUCCUGUGGUGUAUACAUGUCUCUAAAUUUACAUAUGUUAAAAAGGGUUAUAUUUUAAUUUUUUUUAAUCAGUUAGAGAUAAAACAUGUAGCUAUUUCUGUGAUACAAUUGAAUGUUUGCUUGUAUUGGAGUUGUUCUUAAUGUGAUAUUUGUAAUGUUUGUAAUCAUGACAUAUAUAUUCAUGAAUAAAUCUACCUAUCUAUC